AUGUUGUCGAAAUCGGUUGGGAACGUCUUCAAGAGUGCGACGACUUUGCCUCUGGAUGCUGAGAAGACCAUCAUCAUCAACAAGGCAGGUGUUAGCGUUCCCGACUCAUCACCAUUUCGGGUGGGAGGCUUGGUACCGUUCACCUGGUAUUCAUUCCGUCUCCGACCCUUCAACCAGGCGGGUGAUGGUUCCACAAGUGAUACAGUUUUCGUGCGCACCCUGCAAGGAGGUAACGUAGACACCCUCCCAUCUCCUCCUGUGGAUAUGAACCUAUCACCAAUGUCGUCAUACGGCUUCAUGGAUGUCACGUGGUCACCACCUUUGACCCCAAAUGGCGUGAUUAUGCAUUACGUCAUCACGUACAACACGAACACGACCCGAACCAACUCGACGUUCAUCAGGCUGAAGGUCUACGGCGAUACGGACUAUGCUGUUGGCUUAAGCGCAUGCACCCGACCCGAAAAAGGGUUUGCAUGCAGUACCUCGACCUUCCAGAGAUUCAGAACCCCAAUUUCAGCUCCAUCAUCACCACGUCUUCAGGACGUGCUACGCAGUGGUCCGACCAAGGUCAAAGUCCGUUGGGACCCUCCGGAACACCCCAACGGUCCUAUCCAAGACUACGUCAUCAAGGUUUGGUCAGCAUCAACUUCCUUCCCGUUCUUCGAGAAUGCGACAGUCGACGUCGUCGAUGUCGACCAGAGGGAGGACGAGGUCGCGAUCGAAUGCGGAGUUGACGUCCAGGAGGAGAAGGCGUUUGAGAUCGAGAUUUUCGCACGCACGGUCAACGAGGAGGGUGUGGAACUGGAGGGUGAGAGCGAUACGGAAGGAAUCGUCAUGUGUGGAGCUCCCCAGCAUGUCUCCGCAAUGACGCUCAUACUACCACUGAGCAUCAUCGUCCUCAUCUCAUCUCUCAUACUGGCCGGUCUGAUUUACUGGCGGUGGUUUCGAAGAUCACACAAACUGGACAUUUACUUCUCAGACAUUGUCAAUAUCAGAAAGAGGAACAAGCGAUUUCAGCAUCUACGCAUUCCGAGGCCUGUCGCACAGGAGAGUGAGGUGUUCGACGUCAUCCGAACGCGACCGUCCUUCGAGCGUACCGAGGUCGAACCAAACGAAGUCGAGAAGCACUUUCAUCAGUUGGCCGUCAUCGAUGAUCACCGUAAAUAUACAGGCGAGAACGUGCCUCGUGCUAUGGGGUAUUUAUCGAAAGAUGACUCCUGCUCCGUCUCAACAAAGUGUUUGGAAUAUUCACGGAGGGAUUUAUGUUACGACAACGGCGACGACGACGUAGAUGAAAACGAUAAUCGUCUUUAUACCAGCGGAUCAAGCGGUUACUUGUCGCUCGAUGGAUUAUUCAGUUCCAACUCGCUCUAUCGUAAAUCCUCCAUCUCCGAUGUCGAAUCGUUAUGUAAAGAAGUGGUGUACUCCCAAGUUUUAGUUACCCCCGGGAUGCCGAAAAAUUCUCGCAUGACCCGAUCUUUGCCGAGCGUUGCCGAACAGACUUUGAAAACCUCCCCAUCUUGUUAUCAAGGCGCAAAAGAUGUCUUCAAAGAUUCAUGUGGAGAUAUAAGGACUGGUGAAGACUCGGAUAAAAUUGUUAACAUUGUUUGUCUUCAACGAACGAACAACCUAAAAAACGCCCCAUUUAAGAGAAGUCAUGAUGAGCCCAUAUAUUACAUGCUUGCAAGGGGCGAGGGAGAAUGUGACUCGUGACACGAUCUUUGCCGAUCGUUGCCGAACAGACUUGAACAACCUCCCCAUCUUGUUAUCAAGGCGCAAAAGAUGUCUUCAAAGAUUCGUGGAAAGAUAUAAGGACUGGUGAACACGCGGAUAAAAUGUGCAAAUGAAAUCAUUCGAUUUAAUGUGAACUACAGCGUUAUAUAUCAACUCCGAGUGCAAAAAUGUGAAAAUGUAAUAUAAAUGUAAUAAAUUUUUG